GUGACCGAGUGACAAUCUGAGCUAUAAAGAACACGAGGAAAGUAAACCUCUCAAAACUGUCCGAAACAUUCGCAGCUUGCGCUCACAUCACUGCGGCAGACAUGGAUUGCGGAAUUCUCACAUCUAAAUCCAUUCUUUUACUUCUCAGUCUAAUAUUUUGGGCUGCUGGAGCGGCCCUCGCGUAUGUUGGCUCUUAUGUGAUAAAGAGCUACAACAGCUUUGAAGACUUUGUGUCUAAUAAGUACUCCGUCAUCCCGGCAGCCAUUAUAAUCUGUGUGGCUGUGGUCAUGUUUGUCAUCGGGAUCGUUGGCUGCUGUGCUACUCUGAGGGAGUCCAAAGUCGGAUUAGGCUUUGUAAGUUUUCUUCUCAUCAUCAUGAUAAUCUUCGCAGCCGAGGUGACUGCUUUUGUGUUUGGCUUCAUCUACAGGGGAAGAAUUAAAGGUGACCUAGAAAAGUCAAUGAACGGCGUCUUUCAAAAGUAUGACGGUGUGAACAGUGAAACCCAUGCAGUGGAUUACUUGCAAUUCCAAAUGGAGUGCUGUGGGGUGAAUAACAUCACAGACUGGACUGCAAUACCAUGGUUUGUCCAACAUAACAACUCUGUGCCACAUUCCUGCUGUAAAGCAAAUACUACACAAUGCACUGGACAACUCAGCCAACUAGAUCUUCUGAACACACAGGGAUGUGAAGCUAAACUGGAGCAGAUGCUUCAGGAUGUGCUUAGUUAUGCAAUGUUGGUCAUCCUGGGAUUUGCCAUCAUUAAGUUGUUUGGGAUGCUCAGCAUCUGUGUCAUUGCCUGCAGAAGCAAGAAGAAUGACUAUCAGCCUCUGUAUGCGUGAUAGUAAUACCUCCUGAAUCACUCUCUUGGGACAAUCUCUACACUCUCAAUACUGUGCAGCUAAACACAGCCUCACUGGCACCAUAAAUAACAGAAGUUUAAGGUGUGACAGGUGUGCGGUCAGAAAAACACUGAACAUUAUCAAAUGAUCAAAGAGGUGUCUGAAAACCAUGCGACUAAGUAGUUUUGCUGACAAAUGUUUAUGCUAGCCCUUGACAAAUACUGUAUGUCUGUGUCUCCAACUCCACAAAAGUUUUAGGAAAUGUUAUACAGGAACACUUCACCAAAUGUGUUUAAAAUGUCGAUCAAACUUUAGAGUUGAUAGAUGCACUGAAUUUUUAAGGAUUUUAUGUUUCUGUUUUCGACAAUGGUGUCUUUUUGUUUUUUUGCUACUGUCCAAAUUAUACCCGUCUAAUACUCAUUUAUGUUUAUUAUGUUCAUUAAAAGAAUUUAGCUCAACAGAAGGAUAUUAAACUAUGGAAAUAAACUGG